UAGACGCAACAUCGGUUGCGUUAACAAGCAAUUGGAUCGUUUUUUUGAAAUAACAUCGAUCUUUCCUCGAGAUGCUGGAGAUCUUUGCACUUUGUAGCUGUGCCUGUCUCGCUUGUCUCUGGUGUGCCAUUGCUCUCGAACUAACCAAAGAUAGAAACACUCGUAAAAAAUUUGAUGAAAUAUUUGGUACGAAUUGUACACAAUGUACCAAAGAUCAUGGACCUAUAAACACAAUAUCGUGCAGUAAUAAUCAUGUUUCACGAAAGACUUCUAACAAGGACACGCGUACAAUAUGCCCCAUCAAGCGUCGUAAACAUAAAAUUCAAGAAAAAAAAGAAUGUACUAAUCGUAUGGAUAUAAAAAGAAAAGUUAGAAAGAAAUUAAAUAAUUCUCAUCGUGGGAAUAGGAGACUCGUGAAACCGAAUUUUUUGAACUCGGUGUCAUUUCCGUAUUUACAUUCAAAUAAUGGGUAUGCAAUAAAUGAGCAUGCAAUGAGUGGGAUGCCAUGUUCACCUUGCAAAAUUUGUUGUCACGUAAGAAAUGGAUGUCAGUGCAAGAAAAAUAACGAAAAUCUACCAGCAUACAAUUUGAACAUCCAUAAUUCUUCCUGCCCGAAUUUGACCUAUCAAAGACAACAAUGUAACAAUGGAUCACCCGUUCGAUUAUCUUACUAUUCGUUGGCUUUCGAUCCGUGUCAACGGCAGCCACCAGCAGUAUCUAAUAAUAUACCUACUGCUAUAAAUAAUAUACCAUACGUAUCUAAUAUACCAAAAGUAUUUAAAGAUAACGUACUUAACAUACCUAACAUACCUAACAUAGCUAAUAUACCUAAUAUAGCUAACAUACCUAAUGUGCCUAAUAUUUGGAAAGAUUGCACGAAACAAAAACCUACUUUCAGGAGAAAACGAUAUUUUCCAAGAAAAUUAAGGGGACGACGAAAUUAGUUGUAAUAAUCGAUAAUAAUAUAUAUUUUAUGCGAUAUCAUUGAUAAAA